AGAGAAAGUAGAUACUUUACAUCAUGGACGACAGGAUUGAUCAGCGUUGUGUAAUCUUACGAGGCUUCCCUCCAACCCCUAACCCCAAUCAGGAUAUACAUAGCCUUCUCAACAAUCUCGCUGGGAUACAGAUUAAAAAUAUCUGUCAACUGCACACCCUGUCUACCACCAACACACCGGACUGGGUUGUACUGUGCCAGAAUGUGGAAGAUGCAAAUGCAAUCAAGGGCAAGGUGUUUCCAAAUUACCAAGGAUGUCAGCUGAUUAUAUCACCUUGUGGAGCUGAAGAUGUGCCGCAAGAAUGGAGGACACCUGCUUCGAAACCUGAGGGGACGAUGCGUUCUUUGAGGUCAAACAAUGCUUUCGGAUCAUCUCCAGGAGGUUAUCAACAUGGUCAGGAUAUACUAGAAGAACCGCCCAUGUCAGGUUUUAAGUCAAUGAACUACAAUAUAGAUAACCCGGAGGCUGGUGGGAGGGGAGGUAUUACUGGAGGAUUCGUGUCAUUGAACAGGGUCUACCCAAACACAAGCGGAAGUGAACACCUUUCAGACGAUUUUGCACCAAGGCAGCCACUUCAUCCUGGUUAUCGUCCCACGCACCCGCCAGGGAUGCCUUUUUAUGCUGAGUCACCUGCGUUUCAAGGAGUACCAUGGCCACCGUCAUGGAAUCAUUAUCCUGUGAAUCCAGACCAGGGUUACUACUGGCCACCUUAUUACCAGUAUCCACAUGGUCCGAUUCCUAGGUUCCCAGGACAACCACCUGCACCAGUUCCUCUUUUUCAAAAUCAGCCAAACAUCGGAAGUGGUUUCCCUCAACCUACUCGGUACACACAGCCAUUAUCGUCCAUCACCGUCGACCACCCAGUCAGUUGGGCCCCUAUGCCACGUCCUCAAGAAAUGUACGACUCACCUGAACUGCAAACGCAACGUACAGUUCACCACUUAAAGUAUCCCGAUGCAGACGAACUGGUUUUUGCCAGGAGAACGAUUGAAGUUCAUGGAUGUGACUUUGCAUCAGGAAGUUUGGACAAGUUCAAGUAUUAUUUUGAAAACGAAAGACGAGGAGGAGGAGACGUAGAAAACUUCGAAAAUGACGAGGAAAAUAACAGGCUUCUCAUUACAUUCAAAGAUCCUGCAGUGGCACAGAGACUCGUCGAGAAGGGAAGAGUAACCAUAGCAAAGGAAGAAGCGGAAAUAAGACCUCAUACACCAAUGCCAGUCUACGUGGACAAAGUGCUUUUGAAGUAUCCAGGUGCACACCUCGAUAAGGACUCAGAGGACCUUUCUAUCUAUCUUCAAGCAAGGGCCAAUGCUGAUGUGAAGGGAGUCAACAAAGGAGCCAAAGAUGGUGUGCUGUUGGUAACUUUCAGCGACCCUAUUGAUAUAUCCAAACUCCAGUCAGCUUGUAACAACAAACCCUUCAAAACGAAAGCGGUGACAGCGUUUAAGGUACCUGCCACCAGAGUACUGAGGGUUGAGGGCGUCCCAUUGUCAGUUGCCUCGGAGACAAUUUCAGAUUACUUUGAAACCCGGAAAUGUGGAAAUGAUACGAGUUCAGAGGUAGUCAAAGUGGAAGGAUUAGAUCAACGUGGAUGCUACCUUGUCCAUCUCGCUGACCACAAAGUUGUUGAGCAGAUCAGCGAGAGAGUGCAUACACUUGGAGAAGCAAAUAUAAAAGUCUACCUCCAUCACAAAUGUGUCGGAUGGCAGUCACCUGAGUCCACUGACACAACACCAGCUCAGAUGUCAGGCGCCAUACCCCUUGAAAGUAUUGACCAACUUGUACCACGGUUUCUGAAGAAGUCACCCAAAGUACUCAGAAACAUUCAAGAAAAACUAGGUGGUUACGGAUUGUCAUUAAAGUUGAAUGAGUCCAACCAGUUGUUCGUAUUUCGUCAAGUCGGGAGCGAGUGUGGAACUACAACUGCUGAUGGAAUGGAUUACAAGAGUUCAGCUAGGUCGGUCAUCAGUGAAUUUGUUCUUCAUGUUUUGGUUCAGAUUCCCAUGGAAUUAAAGGGCAACAUUGAUACAAUGUUAAUGCAGGUCAAUGUUGAUGAAACAGAGGUUAGGAUGUACACUGACAAGGAGGUCGUAGCAAUUGUCGGCAUUCCUACGAAAGCUAAUGAAGUCAAGGCAGAAGUUGAGAAACAUAUUGCGCAUGGAAUAUCUUCAAAAGGCCCCCCAAAACCCGAAAUUGUGAAACCUUUAGUACCUCUUAAAGCCAAAUUUCUUCGAGAGUGCGGUUUUAAGGAGAUGAUAAAACAAUUCCCUGGAGUGAGUGCGAGAUUUGAUGCAAAUGGUGUCCAUCUGUCUGGUCCAGAAACCUCUGUGAAAGAAGCAACGAUUAAAAUGUAUGAACUGGUGAAUGGAACGCAAACUUCAGAGAUAGAACAUGUUUCCAAACAGCAACUAACUGAGCUUCAGAAGAAGGCAGUUGAGGAUGAUCUGAGGAACGAACUGAAGAAAAUUGGCAUUGUAGCAUCAUGGCAUGCAAAAGAGUCAUCACUAGAAGUAAUUUCAACAACUCCAGAAAAAGUUGGACAAGUCGGUGAAAUGAUACUUAAUACUGUGGUGGAAAGAGUUGUUCCCCUUGAAGGAAAAAUGCAGUUACUAAUCCAAUCAGAAUCGUGGGAAAGCCUACGGAAAUCAUUGAUUUAUCAUUUGCCUGACACCUUCAGUAUUCAUAAUCUCCAAGACAAGAAUUAUCUACUCAUUGUGGGGUUAAAGGAUGAUGUGGAAUGUGUUUAUGCUGAAGUCACAAUGUUUUUGUCCUCCAACACCGUAGAUGAAACACGUCUCUCGUUUACUAAAGGGCAGCACAGAUUCCUUCUGGCCCACUACAAAGAAGAAGUUGCAACAAUUGCUAAAGAUUUGAAGGACUAUCAUGUCCGGAUUAUAUACCAGGAGAAUGGAACCGAGUUCACUAUUAAUGGCUCAAAAGAAGGAAUCGACAAAUGCCGAAAGGAACUGACCUUCCUGGCCGACAAAGUAAUGAGCCACAAGGAACUGUUACAGAAGGCUGGCAUGGCCAGAAUGCUCAAAACAGGACAAGGAGGACACAUUAUUUCUCAUGUAGAAAAGGUUGAAAGAUGUAUCAUAGAGGUUGUUAAUGAAGAGAAGGGGGAGGAUGAAAACAAACACGAAGGACAAGGUAAUGCAGCCACUCAAGAGCCAGUAUCCACCAUAGUGGCUGUCUCAAACAUAGCAGGUGGAAGGAAGAUCUAUGUAAGAGAAGGAGACAUUACGACCAUGAAAGUCAGUGCCAUUGUCAAUGCUGCUAAUGAGAGAUUAGAUCACUGUGCAGGUCUUGCCAAAGUCAUCGUUGACAAAGCUGGAAAAGACGUGCAAGAUGAGUGUAACGGACACGUGAAUUCGUAUGGUGCAGUUCUGGAUGGAGAUGCUGUGUUGUCGAAGCCAGGAAGACUGAAAGGUAGCUGUGAUUUCAUUGUGCAUGCAGUGGGUCCAAGAUGGGAAGGAGGAAAGAAGAGAGAAAAGGAAAAAUUGAAAGAAGCUGUCACCCGGAGUCUGGAGCUUACAGACAGUAGACAGGGGAGCUCUAUUGCAAUACCUGCUUUGAGUGCUGGAAUCUUUGGAUAUCCCAAAGAUGCUGCUACAAGGGUUAUAACUACUGCAGUAAGAGACUACUUUGUGAAACAUAAAUCCAGUACAAUCAAGGACGUUUAUUUGUGUACAGUGAAUGGCAAAACUGUGGACAGCUUUGUAAAAUCGCUGCAAGAUGUCUUAGGGGCAUCAAAUGUUCACAUACAACCACGUUUACAAGGCGGGGCAGGUGCUCAGAUGCAACAAUCAUCCCCCAGAACACAGAGAAGAGUUUCUGCUCUAUCAGAUGUGAAGUGUGGGUAUAAAGUAAAGCUGGUUGAAGGAAGCAUUGCUGAACAAAAGGUAGAUGUUAUCGUCAACACAACGAACAAGGAAUUGAAUUUACAAAAUGCAGGGCCAGUUUCGACAGCCAUUCUUGAAGUCGCUGGUCCAGAGUUAUUGUCUGCCUGCAGGAUAUACCCACAAGGCAUUAACCCUGGUUCAAUUGUUGUCACACCUGGUUUCAAACUGAAGUGCAAAAAGGUGUAUCAUGUUUGUAUGAAGACAUCCACACCCCUGCGAAUGCCCUUUCUUCGUCAACAAACACCAAAUACAACUGUAAAAAAGAAAUCUCUUUUGCAGGCUGUGGCAGACAUAGUUAAGGAAUGCUUAACAACUGCUGACAGACACAACUGUUCCAGCAUCGCAAUGCCAGCACUUGGUACAGGGAUUGGAGGAUAUUCUCGAGAUCUGGUAGCCGAGGCUAUGUUAUCAACCAUACACGACUUCUGGUCACAGUGCCCGAAUACAUCCCUCACAGACAUAAGAGUCAUCCUGUAUCCCAGGGAUAGGGAGAACAUACAGGUGUUUAAGGAUCAAGCCCAGCAAAUGAAAACGGAUGGACAACGAACUUCAGAUUCUGGGAGGAGGGUGAUCUUAUCACGUGGAUCAAUUACCAGAUUUAAGGCAGACGUUAUUGUGAAUCCAACGGACCGAGAACUCAAUCUUUCAAGAGGUAAACUGUCUAAAGCUAUAUCAGAUGCUGCUGGUCCGGCUUUGGAAGCUGAAUGUCGAAGGAAAUAUCCAAAUGGAACUUACAGUUUGGCAGUUACAUCAGCUGGUCUUCUACAGGCGUCUGAAAUCUACCAUGUUGUCAUACCACCGUGGAACAAAGCUCGAGGCGAAGAGAAUCUACACCGUGCUGUAACUCUCUGCCUGGAGGAAGCUGACAAGAGCAAGCUCACGAGUCUGUUAUUCCCAACACUGGGAAUAGGAUUGUCCGGAUAUGAUAAAGAUGUAUCUGCCAGAAUCAUGUUCACAGCAAUAGAUGACUUCUGGAGAAACCACCCUGACACCACGCUUAUUGAUAUCAAGAUUGUCAUAUAUGACAAAGACAAUGAUGUGGCAAAGGUAUUUGAAAAACAGAGUGGAUCAUUUUAUGGCAUACCGACCUCAAGCCGAAGAGGUCGACAACUGAAAACAGACAACAAAAGCACAGAAGAGCCAUUUGAUGUAAGUGGAGGUAUUACAUUUGGCAACAUCCACUUCACCCUGAAGCAUGGGGAUCUUUUGAAAGAAAACGUGGACUGUAUCAUAAAUAGUGUGGAUUCACAGUUUAAUCUUAAGAAAGGAACAAUUAAUCAAGUUCUCUUGCGAAAGUAUGCAGCUGUAGGAACAGAUAACAGAACACAGAAAGAAAAAGAUCUCCGUUCCAAAGGUUUAACAGUGUCUCAAGUAGCAGGAGCGACAUUCAACACUGUUAUCCAUUACGACCCCUUUCACUUCAAGCAUGACGUUAAAGCCAUUCUGAAAGCCUGCAUCAAACAGGCAGAUAAAAUGCACUGUUCAUCUGUGGCUCUUCCAGCUCUUGGACAAGGUCCUUUCGGGGGAGUUCCGGAACAUCUACUGAUGGACUAUCUUUAUGAUGAAUUGCAAGACUUGUCUAACUUGAAGUAUGUCACAGAAGUACGACUCGUCCUUUACGAACCAGACAUGUAUAAUCGAUUCAACGACCUACUGGCAUCUCUGCUGAACAGACGAGGAAUAGCAAAGAAGCCUUUCUUUGGUGACAAGCAUAAAGGCCACGGAGGUGCGAGGCCAAAAACACAACCUGGAAACUGUCAAACUGAGUCACGACUCCACUAUGUCGCCGAACACCUUCCUGCUGAUGGGGUAGAAGUGGAAAUCUUCUCUGAUAGCAAAACAUGUAUACAGUCUGCAAAGCAGAAAUUGGAGAAUGCUUGUAGCAAAGAGUUCGAUGACCAACCUGUUGAACACGACACAAUACGGACGUUGGAUGAAGAAAAGAUCUUGAGACUACAGAGCAUCGCAAGGCAGCGUGGAGUUUCCAUAGACAUCAACACACGUUUAGGUAGAAUUAGAUUACAGGGUUUAAAGGAAGACGUAGCUGCCAUGAGCAAAUCUGUAUACGAACUAUGUCUAGAACAAAAGGAUGAAGAGCAUGCAGAAGCAGUUGGAGCCUGUGUGCAGUGGUACUACAUGGACAUCCUGAAUAAUGGGGACGAGGAGCUGGUGGCAUAUGACCAGAAUACAAACAAACUCAUUGAGAAAACAUUUAGAGGCAUUGAAGAAACCCAUGAACUUGAAGAUACUGAAGGGGUGAAAUACAUUAUAGACUUUAAGGACAUGGUUGAAUACAGAGAAGAUGAUAAAAGUACCAAGGUCAUCGUUGUCAGGAAGGAUCUCAUCCAAGCUGCGGAGUUCGAUCCUCCACACCACUGGGAGCCGAUGGGUGCCAGUGAGAAUCUAAAUGUCUGCAGAAUGAGUCCAGAUAAUGCGGAAUACCGAAGUGUAGCUGGGUCAUUUUCAAGUGCAAACAGAACGAUAAUCAAAAUCGAGCGUGUCCAGAACAAGUCCCUGUAUAAACAGUACAUGGCCAAGAAGGAAGAGUUCAGAGGGAGACAUUCCACGAUAAAGCAGGAGAGACAACUGUGGCACGGAACAGCUACCGCUGCCAUACCCUCCAUCAACAGCUAUGGCUUCAACAGGAGCUACUGUGGCAAACAUGCGGUUGCCUAUGGCAACGGUGUCUACUUUGCCGUCAACGUCAACUAUUCAACACAAGACAAAUACUCUCGUCCCGACCCUGCUGGCAACAAGUACAUUUACCUUGUCGAUGUUUUGACUGGGGAGUACACUUUGGGCAAGUCUGGGAUGAGGGUUCCUCCUCCGGUAGAUCCGGCCACUCCUGCAGUUCUCUAUGAUUCUGUUGUGGAAAACAUCCACACACCAGGAAUGUUUGUCAUCUUUAAUGACACACAGGCAUAUCCAAAGUACCUAAUUACAUAUAAAUGAAAACGGUACAGACAUGUAGCAAGCAUUCUCAUUCUUAUGGAGUGAAUUUGAUCAGACGCAUUCAAUUCAAUUUCAAAGUUAGAACUUGCUUGAUAAAGGUGUUAGGAUCUACACCGAAACGUCGCACUAAUUGUAAUAAAGAAGUUGUUCAUCCAUAGAACUCGUCUUACUUCUAGGUAAGAUGUUGAAGGUUCACUUUACUGCAAUCGACAAGUGGUUAGGUUUCUGACAACCUAUCAAUGUUUGUUUUGGAAUAUGUAAAAUGUAUUUUUAGUGUAUUAACAAUGUAUGUGGUUAAUAUUUGCGUGUAUCGUUGUAUACUUCCACUUGUUAUGAAUAUUAUUUUAAGAACAAGAGCCCCUGACGAAACUUUCAGGGUAGUAUUGUGCAUAUUUUAUGAGGUACAUACCUCGGCAAUUCUUUUUGUACGUCAGAUCUUUUGCACAUUUUUGCAACGAAUGAUGGCACCUUUAGAAGUUUCAGUUCGAUUUUCAAAAUGGCCUCUUCGGCAGAUAUAUUGAAAACAACACUAAAUGACCAUUACUGCGUUGUUGUUUCAGUCAAAAGUAAUAUAAUUUCAUUUUUGUUUACAUAGUUGAGUGGUUCAACAUAUUUGUUCCAUGUUUGUCAUUUUGUGUAGUUGGAUAUCGAUUUGACCUUUUAACUUCGAUCAUGCUUUUAGCUUCUUUAAAAAUGCACUUAAACAUGCACGUUCCUGUUUAUGAAGAUGCCCUAUUUUGUUCAAAUCAUUUUGAGUUUAUCGUUAGUUUUAUGAAAUGCAAGAACUGUUAACAAUAAAAAAAUACAAAAUAAUAAUAAAAAUCACGGCAUUGAAUGAUAAUUAAGUAUAAGUAUAAUAUUCCGUUAAUUCCAUAUUUCAGAUUUCAUAAUACAUGCUUGUUAUCGGUCAAUAUUACAAGUUAAAUUAUGCUUACAAAGUUCUGAAGUUACAUUUUCUCAACAUUUGUUCUAUCACCAAACUUGUAUAGGUCUAACUUAGUCAGUGGUGAAGGUCACGGAGAAGAAGGCGAUUUAGCUGCUUCCCUUUUUGUAUUUAAUGGAACCUUUCUACUCCCUGAAUUCUUUUCUCGUACACAGCUUAGGAAAUACUCUGAUACUUAAUGUUGAUGCUUGUAACCAUUAUGGGGGUUAAACUGAAAGAGUAUAUGUAAAACAAAUUAAAUGUUAAAUGACACCAGAAAAACAUAUCCCCUUAGAUGGGAUAUACAUGUAGGUGUCAGCGUUGUUUCAGAUUUCAUUUUUAAUAUAUGUUAUUUUAUUGUUCAUAUAGUUGACUGCAUACAGUCGUCCAACGGUAAAUAUGGCAUUAUAAUCAUGGAAGUUAAAACCAUAAUUAUAUAUAGAAUUGGAGAAUGCCAAUAUAUUUAGUGUUGUAGAAAAGGAUAUUAGUAACAUAAAACUAAUUUGUUUGUAAUUUUAAGUAAGUGAAUGAUUCUCUGCGUGAGACUUACAUGUGAAAACAACUGAGAUAAAUGCAAUCGGUCUGUUGAUUUCGAAGAGGGAAUCAUCUCCAAAAGAUUUACUACAAAAUAAAUAUGGCAUUGUAACCAGGGCAUUGGAACGUUUGUUCUGAAAAGCAUUGGCAUUGGCAUUGGCAUUGGCAUUGGCAUUGGCAUUAAAACCAGGGAAUUAUGCACUGCGGACCAGUAUAACCAUGUAGAACUGUGUUACGUUCAUUGUUGCAACAUGGCUGAAAUUUCGAUUCUUGUUUCAUAAUUGUGUGUUAGUUCUCUGUAUCCAGGUGAGUAACUGUGCCGUAGAACUAUUAUUUCCAUUUUUUGAAAUUCUAAAAUAUAUUUUUUGCAAUUCGUCUUCCGUUGUUAUUUCGGGAUCUAAUCGAGAUACGAAAUAUAACAUCAAAUAUCGUGUCAGCUAAAUUUUCAUUAAUAUUUCAAAAGUUCCUGAAACCUUUAGCUCCGAUUCCAGCAUUUGGUUUUGUAACGUAAAUUCUAGUGUAGGUUUCAGUGAGAACAUAACUGCAAUCCAGGAUUUGUUUUUGUAUUUCUUCUUUUACACAUAUUACCCGGUAACCAUUAAAAGCGCGCAAAGAAUUUUAAUAAUCAUGUGCUUAAUCAAGGACAUAUUUCUGACUCUUCUAAUGUAUAGGUUGUGGUUUUGACAAAGAAGAUUUUCUUCUUUACCUUUAUGAAUUCCUUAUACUUUUACAUUUAUUCUUGUAAUAAUUGGAAGGAUAUUUGUGCACCAAAGUAUUCAACCAAAUGAAGCUGUUUAGCCUCUACGGCCUCCACAUUGCUGUUUAUAUCAAUGACUCAUUUUAGCUUUUAAAAUAUUUCAAAUAUUUUGUCUUAGUUUAUGAAAUAUGCAUAAACGGUAAUGUAACUUUAUUAAGAUAUAGAUGAAUAAAACCAUUAUUUUGUAACCGUC